AUGAACCACCGCGACUCGAUUAAAACAUCCCUCUUAACGAAAGAACGGAAACAAACCCUUCCAGCAAGCUUGCAAUGGGAGCGAAGAAGAAAUGAAGAAGCAGAAGAGGUAGUCGUAGAAGAAGAAGAAGAAGAAGAAGCGAAAGGCGUCUCUGGGUUUCUGAAGGCAGCAAGGAGAGAAGACGACGAAGAAGAAGAAGAAGAAGAAGAAGUGAAACAAUGGCUGAUAGAAGGACAGAAAAGCUGCAGCGAGGCCACAAAAGCUGCAGGGAGAAGAAGAAGCAAAAGAGUCGACGGUGGCCAGUUGAACAGUCACGUGAUAGGUGAUAUCAAAGUAGAAGACGAGGACGACGAGGAGGACGACGACGACGACGAGGAUGAUGAUGAUGAUAGACAGUAG